AAGAAGGAGGAGAAGGUGAAGGAAGAAAAGGCCAAGAAGAAAGAAGAGGAAAAACCAAAAGAAGAGAAGACUAAGAAGAAAGAGGAGGAAAAACCACAAGAAGAGAAGGUAAAAGAAGAAAAAGGAAAGAAGAAAGAGGAGGAAAAACCCCAUGAGGUGAAGGAAGAGGAUAAGAAGAAAGACAAAGAAAUAAUCGAAAAGACAGAAGAAAAGCUGCAGAAAGAGGAGGAAAAAGAGGAGAAAAAGGAGAAGGGCAAGAGCAAAGGAAAAAAGGAGGAGAAAGAGGUGAAAAGCAAGGCUGAGGAACAGGUGAAAGCACCGAUUGCUGCUCCGGAACCCGAACUUAAAACAGAGCCGGAACAGGAUGCAGAACAGACGAUGGAUCAGCAGUCAGUGAGCAGCACUGAGACUCAGCCUGCUCCAGAAGAACAGAAGGCAGAAUCUGAGAUAAAGAAAGAACCUGAAGUGGUGGAAGAGGUGAAAAGUGACGACACGGUGCAGAAGGAGGAAGAACCAGCAGAACAGGGGGAAGCAAUCAAAGGAGAGGAAAAAGCAACCGAGGUGACGAAAAAGGAGAAGCCUGUGAAGGAAAAGAAGACGGAAAAGAAGACGGAGAAGAAGGCAGAGGAGCCUAAAGGCGCCAAACGUCUGAAAACCAUGCAGUGCAAAGUCACUUUACUGGAUGAUGCUCAGUUUGAGUGUGAACUUGAUAAACAUGCUAAAGCCCAGGAGCUUUUCACAAAGGUGUGUGACCACGUCAACCUCCUGGAGAAGGAUUACUUUGGCCUUGCUCAUUGGGAAACUCCAACCAGCAAGACAUGGUUGGAACCCACCAAAGAAAUCAGGAAACAAGUGCCGGGAGCCGUUUAUGAGUUCACAUUCAGCGUGAAGUUCUAUCCUGCUGAUCCUGCCCAGCUCACUGAAGACCUUACUAGGUACUUUCUGUGUCUCCAGCUGAGAAAAGACAUUUUGCGAGGUGUUCUUCCCUGUUCCUUUGUCACGCUGUCCCUGCUGGGCUCCUACACCGCCCAGUCAGAGCUGGGAGAAUAUGAUCCAGAGCUUCACGGCACAGAUUACCUGAAAGACUUAAGUCUGGCCCCUGGACAGAGCAAAGAGCUGGAGGACAAAGUGAUGGAGCUGCACCGCACAUACAGGUCAAUGAGUCCAGCACAGGCAGAUAUGCUGUUCCUGGAAAAUGCCAAGAAACUUGCUAUGUAUGGAGUUGACCUGCAUCAAGCCAAGGAUCUUGAUGGUGUUGACAUCACGCUGGGGGUGUGCUCCGGCGGCCUGAUGGUUUACAAGGACAAGCUGAGGAUCAACCGCUUCCCUUGGCCCAAAGUCCUCAAGAUAUCUUACAAACGAAGCAGCUUCUUUAUCAAAAUCAGGCCGUCAGAGCAAGAGCAGUAUGAGAGCACCAUCGGCUUCAAACUGCCAAACUACAAGGCCUCAAAGAAGUUGUGGAAAGUCUGUGUUGAACACCACACCUUCUUCAGGGUUUCAUCAGUAGAGCCUCCUUCGUCCCGUCGCUUCCUUGUCUUGGGGUCCAAGUUCCGAUACAGCGGCCGAACUCAGGCGCAGACACGCCAGGCGAGCUCCAUGAUUGACCGUCCUGCUCCUCGAUUCACGCGCUCUGCAAGCAAGAGGCUCUCGCGUAAUCUCGAUGGAGCUGGAGAGGAGACUCUCCAGUUUCUGCUAAAACUCACAGCAUCGUCCAGAUGUGAGAUUGAUGAUUGGUCAUUGGUGAUUGGCUCUGAUAAGCCCCAGUCCUCUACGACUUCCUCAGCCGAAUGGGAGGAGGGGCCUGCAGAAAAAGCCUCUCGAACCAUGAUGCAGGAAAUCAGUCAUCAGAGGCCUGAUGAGCUGAGAAACCAAGAUGACUGGUCUACCCUUCUGUAUCAUCCUCCAACUCUUUUCACGGCUGCACCUCUUUAUUUUAGGGAGGAGCCAGCAGCUAAGGUCAGCCUGGCUAUGAGCUCCUCUCUGGACCAACUGUUGCAACCAGCACAGAAACAGCAGGACGACUGGUUCUUGUACUUUGACCGAGCAGUCCGCUCACCUUCUCCCAGGGGGGUUGAUGUUUCUCCAUUCUCCUCUGUAGACAUUUUCCAGCUCCAAGAAGAAAAGCAGGGUGUGUCUGUUGGCGAACAGGAAGUGACCACUAAGAAAGUCAUCAAAAGGCUGCAAAAAAAAGUGACCUUAGUAGAUAAUUUACAAGAGGAUGAAGUGUUGAAAGACAGACUCAGGGAAGUGAGAGACCUGGAGGAAAGGCUGCAGGAGGUGGAUGAGAUGGCAGAGAGACUUCAGACAGUGAUAGAAGAAGAGCUGGGGAAGGAGGAGGUCAAAAAGUUGAUUGAAGAAGAAGGAAAUUGGGAGCGGGAACAGCAAUUUAGAAGUGAAACAAAGGUGGUGGUGACAAAAUAUGUGAGGACGGUGGAGACAGAGGAGGAGGAUGAACUAGAGGAACAAAUAAAGCAGGUGUUUCUGAAAGAUUUGCUGUCUGAUGAGGAGGAGGAGGAGAGGGAAAAGGAGGAGCCACAGGAGGGUCAGCUAGAUGAGAGUUUGAGGGAGAAGCUACGAAAGAUGGAGCAAGAAUGGCAAGAAGAAGUGAGUGAAGUGGGUGGAACAGCUUCUCUAGAAGGGUAUCAGGUGGUGGAACGUAAGACCAAGAAGGUGACUCUUAUCAGAGGGAGAGGUCAGGCUGAAGUGAAGUUGGAAAAACAGGAGGAGGGGAUUCAGGGGGGAGUCACAGAGAGGACUCCAACUCAGAUUAGAGAUCAGGACGAUUGGUUUCUGCUUUUCUACCGGCCAGUUAUCAAACCGUCAGCUGAUGGAGCUAUCUUGGAUGGACGCGACUACAUCAGCUCAAAGACUGAAAUGACAGCUGAGGUUAGAGUGACGGAGAGGCAAAUGCAUGAGCAAAUCCUGCAUGGCCCGCCCGUUUUAGGCGGGGAGGAUGACUGGUUCAUGUUGCUGGAGGUUACUCCCAGAGGAACACCUCCUACUCCACCAGUUCCAUUGAAAGAAAGAGUGCAGAUAGAGGAGAAAGUCUUUGUUUCUGUGGUUGGAGCUGCAGAGGAGGUAAGAGCUGUUGUUGAAGAAAGCCAGUUGAUGCAAGAAGAGCCAUCAAGAGUUUUCAAAGGAAUCUCAGAACCAUCAGUGAGAGGAAGAGAGGACGACUGGUUUGUUUUGCUGGUUUCUACUCCCAAACAAACAACGUAUGAACCACCAGUUACUAAAGUAACUCCAGUGAAAAGAGUCCCUGUAAUCGAAGAACCAGCUCCUAAGCAGAGGGAAGAGAUGAUGGAGUUUGUGGGAAAGGUUACAGAAAUACAGCAGAUGCCAAGCGUUGAAGAUGAUUGGUUUGUGUUGCUGGCUCUUCCCCUGAGAGAACCAUCAUUUGUCCCUCCAGUUUCUCCUGAAGAGGAGCGCGCUCAGGUUUCUAAAAAAGUACAAAUUUUUGCUGUUGCUGAAGCUGUGACAGUGAAGUCCAGGAGGGAGAUUGUAACUGAAGAGAAUUUGAAGCAGAAAGAAGAUGAAAAGCCGUUGAGGGAGAGAGAUGAUGACUGGUUUCUCCUGCUGGAGGUUGUUCCCAAAGUUGAGUCUUAUGUGGCACCAGUUUCUUUGCCAUUGGUGCCUAAAAUCUAUGCAGACGUUUCGACCAAAGCAGAACACGCAGAGUUGAAGUAUUCGACUGACACUGUCCAGAUCAAACCACAGCCUGUGGCAGACAGAGAUGAUGACUGGUUUAUUCUGUUUGAUGUUGAUCCUAAAAAGGCACUUACAACGCCAACAGCAGAAACUCCCAGAAAAAUGAUUCCGGAAAUCAAGGAGACAUUAGAGCUCGAGGUGACCCGAGAGACUAGAACAUACAAGAGAACAGUAAUUAGUGUGGAGAGCAGGCAAGACAGGACAAGUGUUGCUGAAAUUAGACAGAGCCAGAUGCCACAGCUGCCGGAGACUGGAGGAGAAGACGAUUGGUUUGUUCUGUUCCACGCUCCCCGAGAAGCGCCCGCUGUCGGAACAGGAGACACCACUAUCCAACCUGUUGUCACAGUAGCCCCGCCCACUAAGCCAAAACCAACAUUUGUGAUGGAAGACGUGAGAGCACCUGUGACUCUGGUUAACCAGCCACAGUUAAGAAAAGUGGAUGAUGACUGGUUUAUACUGCUGGAAAUUACAGAGAAAGAAUCAGCUGCUUUGCAUGAGCACAUUUAUUUGGGGCAAGUUAAAGAGUUUAGGGCCACAGAGCAGAAAGUGCAGCAGACAGUAACCAUCAUAGAGAAAAGAUGGCAACAGAAGGAGCCCACGCUGCUGCGUCCAGCAGUUGAGCAGCAAGAGCUGGAGGAUGAUUGGUUUGUUCUUCUGGAUGUGGCGCCUAGAGCAUCAGUCGCUGCCCCUGAGCGCACACAGAUCCCCGCAAAGGUUAAAGUUCCAGCAGCCCCAACAAGAGUCAGUGUUUCUGUGUUGAAGCCACAGUUUGAGAGGCGGAUCCUGGAGGAGAGGCACCCUCCUGCACAUGUCAUUGAUGAUUGGUUCACUCUGCUAGAUGUUGAUCUCAAAGCUGUGAGCACACAGAGAGGAGCGCGUCCUGUCAGCGCUCCCGUCUUCUCCCAGGCCGCUUUGGCUGAAGCAGGGAUCCCCAUGGCGCUCCUCGACCAGCCGCAGACGUCCACUCCCAUCAAGGCCGGCCGUCAGGAAGAAAGGAAGCUGGAGGUCACCGUUGAAGCUGCCGAGCCCUCAAAAAUAGAAGUUGAAGCAGAGGUUAAGCAGAGGGAAGUAGACUCUUCACUGAUGUCAACCAUCAAUGGGGACGUUCAGCAUGAAUCUGAGAGGACUCUCACAGAGGGCGUGCAGAUGCGAAAGAAAAGAGCUAAGAAAAUUGAGGGUGACUCAAUUUAUAUCAGACAUAGCCUUUUAAUGCUGGAGGAGUUUGAAAAGCCUCAGGAGGACCUGCUCCAGCAUCACGCCAGCAUCAGCGAGCUGAAGAGGAACUUCAUGGAGGCCGUUCCAGAGUCCAGGCCGAGCGAAUGGGACAAGCGCCUGUCCACGCACUCUCCCUUCCGCACCGUGGGCAUCAACGGCCAGCCUCUGCCCAGCGCAGACGGGACUGAGUGCAUUAGUCCACUGUGCAAAGGUUCAGAUUCAAAGGCUGCUCUCGAGGAAGCCGCUGGUAAUUUGGGAGUUUCAGACCCGUCCAGUCCCACUGUGAGCCACCACAGUCAGCCUGACGGUGCUGACGCCUUCGACUGUCCUCUUGAGGAAGAGUCCCUGAAUCAGGAGGAGGUCGUAGUCUAUGAGACGCUCUUGGUGCCGCUGGUAGAAGUGGAAGCAGCACAUCUGGGUCCUCCCUUUGACUCCUCCUGUAAAGCUUUAGAUUUGAUCCAGGAGGAGGACGAGCCCGGACAGUCAGAGCGCUCUGAGGGGAUAGUCGGAUCCUCCUCCGCUUCCCUUUUCUGGAGUGAUGGUCCGCAGGUCGUGCGCUGCUUUCAGCCCCCUCUGGUGCAGACCCAGACUGUCACCAUCACAGCUGCCUCCACCUCCUUACCCAGUGACAUCUCCACCACAGAGGUCCCUAUUGUGCCCACCAAAACCUUCACCUAUGAGUCUACAAAGGUGACGGGCGACGACGAGGACAGGGAUGACUCGACAGUUUCCACUUCGAAGACCAUUUCUUCAGAGUCGACCUGUGGAAGCGCGGUCACCACCACUAAGAUCUCAAAGGUUGUAAAAAGCAGCUCCACAGAAACUCGGGUAGAGAAGAGAAUUGUCUUAAAUGCUGAAUCUGAAACGGAUCAAGAUCAGGAGAAACGUGGCGGCGCCUCAGCCUUGUAACCACGCCCUUUGACUGACCACCACCACCUUCAAAACCCCCCGUUUGACUGCAGUGCUCCACAGAGACCCCUUUUGUUCAUUCACAGACGAAAGAUCUUAGAAGUUUGCACCUGGAAUGAGUGAAAACUGACUAGAUUCCUCUCUUUAGACCGUUCUGUUCUGUUGUUUUUCCCCCAGCUGAGCCAACAUAGGUAUUUAGUGCUGCACUUUGCUGAUCUGGAUAACUGGUUUAAAUGACAAAACAACCGCGUUUUCCCAUGAGUGAUUUUAAACUUGUUUGUUUGAAAAUAUUUUAUUUUGCAAAGUCCUUUUGAUACGCUUUUUUUUUUUUUUUUUUUUCAAUACUGCUUUUUUGAUGAGUCAUUCUUAGCAGCAUUUCAGUACUUGGUGCUGCUAAGAACAGCUUAAAGUAAUAAAUUCAAGUAUACUCUAUUUUUGUUUGCUUGUUUAUUAAAUUCAGGACUUUUUUUUUUUUUGCUUUUUUAAAAAAAUAAAGUGACAUACCUUUCAUGGAUCUGUGAAGGCGUAUAUUCUGUGCUCAAAUUUGGCCAGUUUUCUUUCUUUUGAAGGCUUGGUUCACUCUCAGGUACGAAGCUUGAACCUUCUCUCAUUUCCAACCAGCCAUGAACCAGAAGCCUACGCAUUCUUGUAAAGUCUAAACUCAAAUUGAUCUAUUUUGAGAUAUUUCUCUAUUUUUUAGAAGUGUGCUUUUUUAUAGUAUUUGUACAAAUUUCAGGUUUUUAAGUUAUUCAUAUCCAUCUGCUAACAAAACCGCAGGUCAUUCUGAGGAUUCAGCUCUCAUUUACAGUCAGUCGUCCUCUUUGUGGGUCAAACUUUCCUCGCUGAGCUUCAGCACACGAUUCCCCGCUCCAAUAAGGUUCUGGUCUGUUUAAUCUCAGGUUUUGAUAUGAUUUGUAAAACCACAGACCUCCACACCGAUUGUAUGAGGAAUGUUUAUGUUUUGUAUAUCCAUCUCUCUUGUAAAUGUGCAUUUAUGUCUGGUCAAGUGAGGUCAAUAAAGUUUGUCACUAAAGUCCAACACCUGAAUGGGAUGAAGGC